CUUAGUUGAUAUACAAGGCAAGCGGCGCAUUUGCUCUCCAUAAGACAGCUAAAUUACAUUAUUACGAAAAAAAAGUACUGGUUUUCGCAUAUUUAGUGAAUGUUAAAUGAAUGUUGCUUUGAAGAGUAAAAGGGACAAGUUGCUUUUUUGUUUUUUUACCCCGAAACCGGAUUAACCAACUUCGACACGAUGCCAGUUCCGCAAAGAAUGGGACCUGUAAAACCCAAGCAGGGUUCAAACGUUCCGUCUCACCUAACAAAGAUACCGACCGUAAAGCUUACCAAGAAAAAGGAUGAGGAUGACGGGACGGAGAUGGCUGAUGGCACAGACGAAUGGACACAGGGAAAGACACUUAUCAAACCCCCCGACCAGCUUGAUCUCAGUGAAGCGGAGCUCAAAGAGGAGUUCACAAGGAUUCUGACUGCGAACAAUCCCCACGCGCCACACAAUAUCGUCCGUUACAGCUUCAAAGAGCGCUCAUACAAGCCAAUCAGCAAUGUCGACCAGCUGGCUGUGCACUUGGUGCUUGAUGGGAAUCUGCUGCACCAGGACUCUGAUGAAGCCUGCAGACAGAGAGCCAGGCAGGGCCUGGAAAAGGGAAAUAUGCCAGUUGAGUCCACGGUAGCGGAAAUGGACAACGAAAGACCUGAUACUCCGGUAUUUGGGGAGGGGGUGGCUGAAGAGUUUGGGGCCGAGGAGAGACCAGACAGCGCAGAAUCCAAGAGCACAAGGAGGGAGCAGAAGUUGACAAACCAGUUCAACUUCAGUGAGAGGGCAUCCCAGACUCUCAAUAAUCCAUUGAGGCAGAGAGAAUGCCAGACAGAACCUCCUCCCAGGGCUAAUUUUUCAGCCACCGCCAAUCAGUGGGAGAUAUAUGACGCCUAUGUGGAGGAGCUACAGAAGCAAGAGAGGAACAAGGAGAAGCAUAAAGCCCAGUCUAUGAAGAAGGAAGAAGAGAAAAGCAGGAAGAAGACAGCAGUGGUCGAGACACAGAGUGAUGACAUCACAAAUGUUGGACGGGCAGCGAAAAUCAUGGAGCGAAUGGUAAACCAAAAUGCAUUUGAUGACAUAGCACAGGAUUUCAAGUAUUUUGAAGAUGCUUCAGAUGAGUUCCGGGAACAGGAAGGAACAUUACUUCCACUGUGGAGGUUCCAGUAUGACAAAGCCAAAAGGCUGACUGUGACUGCCCUCUGCUGGAAUCCAAAAUACAAAGAUUUGUUUGCUGUUGGUCUUGGAUCCUACGACUUCAGCAAACAGGGUCAUGGAAUGCUGAUUUUCUACUCGCUGAAGAACUCCACCUUCCCAGAGUACAUUUACCCCACCCUCUCUGGCAUCUUGUGCCUAGACAUCCAUAGCUCUCUGUCCUACCUGGUGGCUGUAGGCUUCUAUGAUGGCAGCGUGGCUGUUUAUAACCUCAAGGAGGAAGAUGACGAAGCUACGUACAGGAGCACCGCCAAGUCUGGAAAACACACUGAUCCUGUGUGGCAGGUGAAAUGGCAGAAGGAUGAUAUGGACAACAAUCAUUGUUUCUUUUCUGUGUCAUCUGAUGGCCGUGUGGCAUCUUGGACUCUUGUGAAGAAUGAGUUGCUGUUUACAGACAUCACCAAGUUGUCAGUGGGAGGUGCCACGGUGGAAAGGUCAGAGGAAGCACGACAUCUGACCAUGGCGUGUGGGACAUCAUUUGAUUUCCAUAAGAAAAUUGAUUACCUCUUUUUAGUUGGUACUGAAGAAGGAAAAAUUCACAAGUGCUCCAAGGCCUACUCAAGCCAGUUCCUUGAGACCUAUGAUGCUCACAAUAUGGCUGUGGAAGCAGUACGCUGGAAUCCUUUCCAUCCAAAGGUCUUUAUCUCGUGCAGCUCUGACUGGACCGUCAAGAUCUGGGACCACACAGUAAGGAGCCCCAUGUUCACCUUUGACCUGAACUGUGCUGUGGGGGAUGUGGUUUGGUCCCCAUAUUCAUCGGCCGUGUUCGCCGCUGUCACCAUCGAUGGCAAGGUGCAUGUUUUUGAUUUGACUGUCAACAAAUAUGAGCCAAUCUGCCAUCAGCUCGUGGCUGCAAAGAAAACCAAGCUCACACACAUCGAGUUCAACCCUGUGCACCCCAUCAUCAUCGUGGGGGACGACCAUGGCUUUGUGACCAGCCUGAAGCUGUCUCCUAACCUGCGCAAAAAGCCCAAGGAGAAGAAAGGUCAGGAGCUGCCCAAGGGCCCAGAAGUGGAAGUUGCCAAAAUGGAGAAGUUACUGAAUCUACUAAGGGAACCAGAUAACAGCUGAGAGAUGAUGUGGUCACUGUUUGCUUCAUUGAUCUGUGACCUCCAGCAUGCACUGGGGCAGUUUGCAGUCAAGUGUGAAGCCUUUGGGAUGAGGAUGAACACCUCCAAGUCUGAGGUCAUGGCUGUUAACCAGCACUGCCUCGUCCAGGUUGGGGAUGAGUUACAGCGUCAAGCGCAUCUUGGGGUCUUGUUCACAAAUGAAGAAAAAAUGAAGCAGGAAAUCAACAGGUGGAUUGGUGCAGCGUCAACAGUUAUGCGGACAUCAUACCGGUUUGUUGUGGUGAACAGAGAGCUGGCCCAAAAGGUGAUUUACCAAUUGGUAUGCUCCCACCCUCACCUAUGGUCAAGAGCU